GGAAUGGAAGGAGAAAUUCGCCUCGCCCUCUCCCUUUCAGCAGGCAGCCCGCAUGCCAAGCAUCCGUGCCGGGACAUCCCUCCUGCCUCCACAGGCGGGGCUAGCCUCGUUACCUUUUCUCUUGGCGCCCCUGGAAGGCGGCACGGAAGGCAAGACGCCGCCAUUUGGAGAGGAAAGAGCGGGAAAACGGGCCCGGGUGCCUUUGCCCAGGAGGAAGGGAGAUGGCGGACAACGACCCCCAAAGCGCCAGGGACCUCUCGCAGUUUGCAGAAAAUCUACUACAGCAGCUGCAUGAAAACUUUCAAGCACUGACUGACAAAUUAGCUCUAAGAAUGGAAGACAUGGGUGAGCGUAUAGAUGAUCUUGAGAAACAUGUAACUGGACUCAUGGCACAAGCUGGUGUAGAAAAUGCCAGUGAAGAACUAACGCACUGAAUACAUCAAGAUGGUGAAGGAAAUCUAUGUACUUGAAGACUGUAAAUGGCCUACAAUUAUUAAAAAAUAUUUACAAUCUUUUUAAAAUGGUGUAU